ACCCGGCAGUGACAGUCAGCUGCCCGACAGUUUUGUAUUUGCCGGUACAAGGCGGAGGAUGCGCGCGCAGCUCCCGGAACCGGGCUACACACAGAGACCCAACAGCAGCAUGUCAGAGAACGGCGGGGAGACGGUGUCCGGUGACCAGGUGUCAUACAUUGGAAAAGAUUGUGCCGAAAUUCCAAGAUUUCUUGCUGGCAAAUAUGGUAAUUUUGCAAAGAGGCUGGAUCUGAGCUUUAACUUCUUACAAUCCUUGGAUGGAUUGGAUGGUUUCAUUUGUCUGGAAGAGCUUAUACUGGACAACAACCUUCUGGGAAAUCAUGUUUGCUUCCCUUUACUUCCAUUCCUACACACAUUGACUGCCAAUAAGAAUAAGCUGACAGAGCUGGACCAUUUUCUGGACUCACUGGCUGCAUCUGCCCCAUCCUUGGAGUACCUGAGCUUGCUUGGUAACCAGGCUUGUCCGAAUGAACUUGUUAGCAAAGAGAAAGAUGAAGAUGAUUAUCAGCGAUACAGGUACUUUGUCCUGAACAAACUUCCCAAUCUAAAGUUUUUGGAUACCAGGAAAGUGACAAACAAAGAGCGUGAAGUGGCAGGUUCCAGAGGAGCAUUCAUGAGAGUGGUGAAGCCCAAAGAAAAUAAGAUUUCAGAUAAUAUGGACUCAAGCUCUCCUAACGUGCCUUACACACCCUUGCCACCAGUAUCCAGGGAUCCAACGACUCACAGAGGAGUUGCAGGGAAAUGCCGCUACAUUUACUAUGGGAAACAUUCAGAAGGCAACAGAUUCAUACGGGAUGACCAGUUGUGACCAAUUUUCUGAGUAUUGUCCACCAGAAAAGUGAUACUUUUUCUUUUCUUAUUUACUCACACAAGUGCCAAUUGACAUGAUGAAUUAAGUGGUAAAGGGAUAUAAUUGGCCAUGAUGUUCAGCUUGCCCUUGACAAAAAUAAAAUACUUUUUACAAGAGAA